CUCAUUUGUGUUAGUUUACUAGCGGCUGUGUGCUACUACAGAGGAAUUCGGUCCGGCGACAGCUUGCGUUUGCAAGGUAGCAUACUCUUUUUGCAAUGCAUGCUCGAUUCAGUAGAUAUCAAGUGGCUGGCGUCAUCUUCGUGCUGGUAACCGGCUUUGUGGCAUUUUACCGCGGACCGGCUGAUUCUCCAGGUGGACCCGUCGCUCCAGAAGUCGCGCGUAGCGUUCAGACUGGUGACUCCUCGACAGCCAAGUCAGGCUCGGUCGCAGCAAGUACGGCCGCGACCGCAAGCGAUGAAGGGCAGCGCACGAGUGUGCCGGCACGGGCAGGAGCUGUGCAGCCUGGGGCCACCACGACUGGCGCCACCGACAGCGAGGCGGCCGCGCUCGUUGCGGCCGCAGAAGCGUCGACGAUGGGAAGCACCACAGCGGUGACGCCGGGCGGGGUGCCCGCGGCGGGGCGGCGGCGGCCUCCAAUAAGGGCCGUGCUUGUCAGUGACACGCACGGCCUUUACAAGGAGCCUGGACUCAUAAAGGUGCCCGCCGGCGACAUGCUGCUGUUCCCGGGGGACGUGGAGGUGGGGUCGGUGGCCGAGGGCCGGGCGUUCUCGCACUGGCUGCAGGGCCUGCCCAUCAAAGGGCCACGAGUGAUUACAUGGGGCAACAUGGACACGGGAACGCGAGGCCGUAACGCGGCGGAGCUGGUGCCCGGUGCCACCGUGAUCGUGGACGCCAUCCAGGAGGUCAACGGGUACCGCAUCUUUGGCUCACCCUGGACGCCCCGCUUUGCCGGGGCCUACCAGCUGGAGCUGGAUGAGGCCGAGUCGGUGGCCUUCUGGUCCCGGCUGCUGCCGCCCUCCUCGGACGUCGACAUCAUCCUCACACACGGCCCGCCGCGGGGCAUCGCGGACACGGCGCGGGGCGUGAGCCGCGGCGACAUCGGGCUGCUCAAGGCCGUGCAGGCUCUGGAGAAGCCGCCCCUGCUGUGGGUGUGCGGACACAUUCAUGAGCAGUACGGCGAGCACCGCGUGCCGCACCCGCGUGCCCCCGGCGGCUCCAUCCUGCUCAUCAACAGCGCCGCUUACUACGUGCAGAAGCCCGAGCACGCCGCCAAGGUGCAGCCGCGCGUGGUGGCGCUGCCGGAGGUCAAGGUGGUGGCGCAGGGGGCGUGAGGGCGGCGAGCUCGGUGGUGGUGGUGGUGGAGGGCAGAGGCGCGUGCACAGGUGUGCAUGUGUGAACAAGCGUGCGGCGCGCGCGGCCGCUGCAGGCAUGUGGUGCCAACGCUCUGACACUGCGUGACUGCUAGUCGAGGGGGCGUGCAGGGCGUCAGGCGUGUCGCCUGGCGUGAACACAAUGUGCAAUGCGCGCCUCUACAAAUGUGUCUCCAACAAAACAGCGUGUAACAAUGUAGUGUG